AUGGAUCCUGAAAUAUUAUUAUAUGUUAAUAAAGCACAACUUUGCGAUGACGAAGCUCGCCUUCUUUUCAAUCCUCCUUGUCAACUCUAUUUGCAAAUCAUUGGAUUUAUUUCGCCUAAUCCUAAUAACGUUAAUUCUAUAGAUAUCCCAAAAUCUCAAAACGCUUUUCUCUUAUACCGCAAAAAUUAUGCUGCAAAACGUAAAUCUCUUGGGUGUAGAAAGAAUUGGAAAAUUAUUUCAAAGGAAGCCGGAGAUGCCUGGAAGAAGGAAUCGGACAAAGUAACUUCUUACUUUAACAUAUUAGCAAGGCUGGCCCUUGAAAAACAUAAAUCAAUUUACGAAAUUUCAACAUCACUAAAUUCAUCGCCUUCUAAUUCUUCCACUUCUUUUCUUCCACGUCCGAUUUCAUCUGAUUACAAUACUCUUCCUAUUAAUUAUAACAACAACGUCAUCAAUAAAACUAAUGCUUUACUCCAAUCCACCCAAUUCGACAUUACUACAAAUUUAAAUAAUGGGGAAAAUCUCCUAGAAGAAUUUCAACGAUUUUUACAAGAUGAACAAACAGAUACACCAUCCAAUGGUGCAGAUUUUUGGCGUUUAGCGGGCGUUUUUUGCCACAAAAUGAAUAGCAAAUUGGGUCAACUUAUUUGUAUUCAAGACCUUGUGUUAACUUCAUGA